GGGAGCAUGAAGUUGCUGUAGACUAGUGUCGUGUCUUCCUUCUCCUGGGUGAUGUGGUCAACGUGGUGAACCACAUCACUGAACACUGAUUACUCCAUUUCUGCACUUUACUUUGUUACAUCAAUACACCGUAAACCAUCUUCGUUUCAGCUCUCACAUGCUCAAGAACCAGCAUCACUCUCAACAUUAACUCUUUGUGGUGUCAUAGAGAGAGAUGUUUGGGUGUGAAUGCUUUUGGUGGAAUAAUAAUAACAUUAAUAAUACCGAACCUUCUCAACUCUACUCUUCAUUUUCUGAACCUCAACCAUUCUCUCUGCCUGCACCUCUUCCCGAUUGGCCACAAGGUGGUGCUUUUUCCAGUGGAAGAAUAAGCCUUGGACAAUUAGAAGUUGUAAAAAUAACCAAUUUUGAGAGAGUUUGGUGCUGCACACAGGGUUUCACAUUCUACAGACCUUUGGAGAUUCCUGAUGGUUUUCACUGCCUUGGACACUACUGCCAAUCCAAUGUGCAGCCAUUGCGAGGAUAUGUUCUUGUGGCUGGUGAAACUGCUUUGGAACCUGAACCUGAAGCUAAUCAUUAUUCUUCAAAUAGCCCUGUGUCAGAAUCUCCGGCUCUAAGAAAGCCAAUUAACUACUCUUUAAUAUGGAGUGCUGAGUCACCGGAUGGUGGAUGUGGUUAUUUCUGGUUGCCAAAUCCUCCGGCGGGUUAUAAAGCAAUGGGCAUAGUAGUUACUAGCAUACCGGAUGAACCUGACGUUGAAGAAGUUAGAUGCGUGCGAAAGGAUUUGACAGAAGUUUGUGAGACUUGUGAUCUGUUAAUAACAAUGGACUCAAAAUUUUCAAAAAACUCAUUUCAUGUUUGGAACACACAACCUUAUAGAAGAGGUAUGUUAGGUAGAGGUGUAGCUGUUGGGACAUUCUUCUGCAGCACCUAUGCUGAUUCUGGCAUAGUGUUUGAUAUUGCUUGCCUGAGGAGUCUUGAUUCCACCUUACACGCCAUGCCGAAUCUAAGCCAAAUUCAUGCACUUAUUAAGCAUUAUGGUCCGACCAUGUACUUCCAUCCUGAUGAGGUAUACUUGCCAUCAUCUGUGCAAUGGUUUUUCAAGGACGGAGCGCUUCUGUAUUCACAAGGUAGUGAGAAGGGUAAGAAUAUUGAGUAUGAUGGUUCGAACUUACCAAGUGGAGGAACAAACGACGGCUUAUUUUGGAUAGAUUUGCCUACAGAUGAUGAUGCCAGAGAUAAUCUCAAGAAGGGAAACAUAGAGAGUGCAAAACUGUAUGUUCAUGUGAAACCAGCAUUGGGAGGAACAUUUACUGAUAUUGCAAUGUGGGUGUUCUGUCCUUUCAAUGGACCUGCAACCCUUAAGGUGGGUUUGUUGAACAUUGAGAUGAGUAAGAUAGGAGAACAUGUAGGUGACUGGGAGCACUUUACCCUCCGUGUAAGUAACUUCACCGGAGAGCUAUGGUCAAUGUUCUUCUCUCAGCAUAGUGGCGGCGAAUGGGUGGAUGCAUUCGACUUGGAGUUCAUUGAAGGGACUAACAAACCAAUUGUUUAUUCAUCAAAGCAUGGGCAUGCUAGCUACCCUCAUGAAGGUACUUACCUUCAGGGGAUAUCUAUAUCCAGACUUGGAAUCGGAGCUCGGAAUGAUGCUGCAAAAAGUGAUAUUGUUGUGGAUUCAAGCACAAAGUAUGAGAUUGUUGCGGCGGAGUAUCUUGGAGCCGUAGAGGAACCAUGUUGGUUGCAGUAUAUGAGAGAGUGGGGUCCUAGCAUUGUGUAUGACUCACGUUCUGAGAUAGACAAGCUGAUAGAUAUGCUGCCUGUGUUUGUUAGAUUUUCUGUGGAGAAUUUAUUUGAAUUGUUUCCAACAGAGCUUUAUGGUGAGGAGGGACCAAUUGGUCCAAAGGGGAAAGCCAAUUGGUUAGGAGAUGAAAUAUGCAGCUAGUCCUCCUAUCCCAGAAGGAAAAGAAUCUCAAGUGAUCACUGCCAAUUUAUGUGUUGUAUUGUUAGUCUUGAAAAUGGCCAUGUCAUAUUAAUAGGACAAACCAAACAUUCUAUACUUGUGUAGUUGUGUUUAUAUCCCUCUUAAUAUGAUACAUUUUCAUCUUCAAAA